GAUAUAAUAACUUAUCUUCUGUAGUCAUUUCAAUUCUAUAAUUUUUUAAUUUCAAAAUAUUUUCUUUACAACACCAGAUUUAACAAGAUACUAUGUCAAAGUCACUCGUUACUGGUGGGACAGGCUUCAUUGGCCUCCAUGUUGCCAAGAUACUUCUUGAGUGUGGUCAUACUGUUAAUGCCACUGUCCGCAGCCUUAAGAGCCCCAAAAAGCUGAAGGGUCUGUCAGAUUUGCAAAACAAGUAUCCCGAACAACUAUGUUUGUUCGAAGCCGAUCUUCUGACGGCUGGCUCUUUCAAGAACGCUAUGGCUGGCUGUGAUCUAGUAUACCAUAUAGCUUCGCCAUUUCUAGUCCCACAGCAAAUCAAGGAUGGGAUGAAAGACUGCGUCGAACCUGCUCCGCAAGGUACCAAGAACGUCCUUCACUCCGCCAACGAGACCCAAACUGUCAAACGUGUCGUUCUUACAUCAUCCAUUGCAGCAAUCUAUGGCGAUAGUGUAGAUUUAGUAAAGAUGGAAGACUCGACCCUUACUGAAGCUCACUGGAAUGUUACAAUCACUGCCACCGAUGAUCCAUACAGUUACUCGAAGAUGAUUGCCGAGCGCGAGACCUGGAAGCUGCAGGAAGCACAAAGCCGUUGGAACAUGGUCGUUAUAAACCCUGGACCGUCUCUAUCACCAGAGUCAGCGUCUGGAUCCUUAUUCAUGAUCGAGAAUAUGUACCGUGGUGAGAAUAAGAUGGGUGCGCCCGAGCUUCAUUACCCAUCGCGGAUUUACGAGAUGUUGCAGAGACACACGUUAAGGCGGGUGAGACCUUCAAUGCAAAAGGGAGAUAUAUAAUUGCUGGUGAACACAACUUGAGUAUCUUAGACAUGGCAAAUCUGGUUAGGCCGAUACAAAAACAGCCUAACUUACUUCCCAAGCCUAUGCUGUAUGCUGUCGGUCCUUUCAUGGGAAUCUCAUGGAAGUGGGUAUGCGCGAACAUUGGCAUUGGGUACAAGGUCAAUCACCAGAAAAGCGUCCAAGAGCUGGGCCUCGUAUAUCGUCCGGCAGAGAAGAUCGUUCGAGAUCAUUAUCGAUCUUGGCUUUCCACCCAAUCCGCAGAAUUCAAUUCAACCUGUCACAGGGUUGCAUUACACCUUGACCAGACAGAUCUAUCAAUCCAUAGUUACCACAUCUUUACUAGCAAGUUUCUCAUAUUAUUGUAUAUUAAAUAGUUUAUUUAUUUAUUUGUUGCCACUUCA